UACAGUUACAAGUGGUCGUUAGGGAGUUGCUCCUGUACUCUUGUGCUAUGAGAGUUGGGUAAUGUGUUGAAAAUAAGAGAAAAUGCUAUUACUUACUUGAAUGUACGCGAGGGAUCUAUUGUUACGCAACGGAGUGUUUACACAUUAACUUGACCAAUAUUCGAAAAGCGGAGCCUGCAGGAUAAUUACCUUGUGCAGCGUCGAAGUCCCUCGUUGACAACCUUCCAGGUGCCGGCGUGCAGCAGUGUGUUUGCGCGUGGAGCCGCCGGAUGUCAUUGUAGGAAGUUAUUCAUACCUGAAGCUCGACCAUGACGGCGCCCAGGUCCUCGGCAGGGAGCGGGAGAGGCGCAGCGUGAGGAAUUCCGGCCGGAAGGAAGCCCCAAGGAAGAGGGAGGAGGAGGAGGAGGAGGAGGAGGAGGAGGAGGAUUAGAGAGGAAGCAGGGCAUGAUGCGUCUGUUCCGGCGACGCCACAGCGACCCCCGCAUCGUUUCCAGCCCGAGCAAAGAUGUCGCCGCCGCCUCCCCCGCCCCGCGGAAGGGCGGCCCAGCCACGCCCGCGCCGCAGAAGGGGACCUCGACGACGGCCUCGCGAGGAGUCCUCUUCCAAAGAACGCCCGGGAAAGAGGGCGACGAGGUGAGGGGCGCCAGGGAGGAGGGCAGAGAGGGCGGCCCGUGCUACCACACGGUGACUGCGGUGCCUGCGAGGGUGCUGGAGACGGCUGCCAACGGCGCUGCCAACGGCGCUGCCAACACUGCGGUCAGCUCAACCCCGCCCUCCUCGACCAACACUACGCCGAAGACGCCAAAGAAAGCCCUGGCCACGUGGGGGAGGCGCGUGGGGAAGAAGCUCGAGCAGCUGACGCGGACGCCCAGUAAGGAGAAGGUCAGCUCCAACAUGUUCUCCAGAAGCAGCUCCACCAGGUCAGCGGGAACCGGCGCCUCUCCGCCGUCGUCGGGGGCCGCGUCUUGGGGCGGCAGUUCCGUGCCCGGGACGCCCUCCCCGGAGAGCCGCAGCGGCGAGGCGCGGCAACUGUACCGCUCGUGCUCGGCGUCGCAGCUGGGCACGUACCUGGCGGCCGACGACCCGACGUCGGGCCUGGACCUGAGCGCGUCCCCGCCCACCGCCACCCCGUACAUCCCGACCAAGACGGUCAGCUGCGAAAACAUCGCCUCCUUGGGCGGCGCCAGGGCGUCCUUCCCCCACGCCUUCCUGCGCUCGCGCCCCCAGGCCGCCAGUGCGCAGCAGGCGGAGGGCCACGAGCAGCACACGCCCAUCACCGAGACGCCCUCGCGGCCGCCCAACAAGCGGGUGACGACCUUGCGCGACUCGGUGUGCGACGAGGACACGAGGGAGCUGAUUCGGCAGAAGCUGCGCGCCGUGUCGGAGGAGAACUGCGCGGCCAGCCCCGCCCUCCGCAGCCUGAGCGGCCUCAAGCUGCGGCUGCACCCCAUCCCAGCGCCCCUCCAGCCCCGCUCGCGCUCCUUCUCGGCGACGGCCAUCUCCGAGUCGGACGCCGCCUACGUGGCCGAGCGCCCUCCGACCCGCCACGGCGCGCGCGUCCACCGCUCCGACAGGUUCCGCGCGCGCAGCGAGGGCCGGUCGGCGGCGAUGUACCUGAGCAGCAACGAGAGCGGCUACGAGUCCGACGGCGCGAGGCAGGAGUCCCCGAAGGCGAGGGCGAAGAAGGCGGAGAGCGACGCGGACUCCGGCGUGAGCACGGAGAGCCACUCGGAGACCAACUCCGACUCGGGCUCCCUCACGGGCGCCGACAGCGCCGGCCUCGACCACUACGCCAAGCUCGACGCCUGCGCCAAGCUGGACGACUUCGCCAAGCCCGACAGCUACUCCAAAGCCGAGAACUACGCCAAGCUGGAGGAGCUCGCGCGCGAGCCCUUCUCGCACGCGAGCAGCAACUACGCCGACUGCAGCGUCACGCCCAAAUACAGCGACGACUACACCGACUACAGUAGAGUACUGCGCCACAGCAGGCUGGAGCGGCAGAGCAGCGGCCCGUCGCCGUCGCCGUCGUCCGCGUCCAAGUACAACCUGACGGACGAGGAGAAGCUCGUGCCCGGGCGGUCGCGCGGCUCGCGGCGUCUCUCCGACCCGCCCGACCUGAUGAGUCGGCGCCAGAGGUUCCUGGCGUCGCAGCUGGAGCGCCGCACGUCGCCGCUGAGCCCCCUGCGAGGCGCUCUCAGCGUGUUCCGCGAGGCCUCCGAGGACGGCGAGCGAUGCGCGUGGUGGGACGAGUCGAGCACGCCCCUCCGCGGGCACCUGCGGGCGGCGGCGCUCGCACACCCCGUGCCCGAGUCCUACUCUACGGCGCCCCUGUCGCUGCCCCUGUCGCUGCCCGUGUCCCUGGCGCGUUCCCCCACGCCGCGCACCUUCCGCCUCAUGCGGCUCGUCAAGGACCACACGGGCGAGCUCGGCAUCUACAUCACCGCCCGCAGGAACGCCCGCGGAGCCACCACCGGAUACGUCAUCGCGCACAUCGAGAAGGGCGGCCUCACCGACAGAGACGGCCGCUUCCGCGUGGGCGAUGAGAUAAUCAACGUCAACGGGCGGCGGCUGCGCGGCGUGACGCUCGACGAGGCGCGCCACAUCCUGCGCAGCACGCCCAAGGAGGUGGACAUCGUGAUCGCGCGCGACGUGGACGUGCACCUGCACCGCGAGUACAACGGGCAGUGCCACGCCCACGACGAGAAGCCCUCGGAGGCCGAGGCGGCGCGGCGGCUGAGCGAGGCGUGCGGCGAACUCUACACGGCCGACCGCGCCUUCCGCCAGGAGCUUCUCGACUCCGACGACGUCCUGGGCGUGAGGCGGGAGCACUUCGCCCCCUACUCGGACCGGAGCCUACCACGGCGCCGGGGGUCGUACUCCGACUACGACGACUAUGGCGACUACAGCACCCUGGCGCCGCUCGAGGCCUACCUCCCCGGCUACGACCCCUCUCGCGCCACCGUGUCCGUGUCCGGCCCGGUGUCCGUGACGGUGCCUCUGACAGACUGCCCGACCUCACUGCCUGCGACGCUGCCCCCCGCCCCCUCGGAGAAGUCGUCGUCCGCCAUGACCUUCGCCACCUCCUGCAUGGGCGCUCGCGACGACUACUACGACGUGCACGUGUCCCGGAAGAGCAACCUCCCGCGCUACGUGAACGGCGAGGCGAGGUACUGCUCCUCGCAGGACGUCCGCGACGCGGUGGACGUGCGCUACUCGUCCGCCAGCGACGUCAGACUCUGCGCCGACAAGACCUUCAACGCUGACAUCUACAAAUCGAAACUGAUCCACGUGGAGCCUGAGGACCCGCUGGCCGAGACCCGCCAGUCCAGCAUGAUCCCCAGGCUGUCGACGCCCCACAGAACGCUGGCGGAGAGCCGAUCUAGCCCCGCCACGCCCUCCAGGAAGUCCCCCUUCGGCAGCAGGAAGUACCCCCCCAUCACGCAGCGCUUCGCCAGUCCUCAGGGCUACGCCAAACUGUCGUCGCCCUCCAAGUCGGAGCCGCGGGGCCUGAGCUCGACCCUGCCGCGGCGGCCCAAGAGCCUGUCGAUGUCGGUGCAGACGGUGGUGUUCGAGAAGGGGCGCGGCCGGAAGUCCCUCGGCUUCUCCAUCGUCGGGGGGCGCGACUCCCCCAAGGGCAGCAUGGGGAUCUUCGUCAAGACCAUCUUCCCCAACGGCCAGGCGGCGGAGGAGAACAAGCUGAAGAACGGCGACGAGAUCCUGGCCGUGAAUGGAGAGUCGCUGUCGGGUCUGAGUCACGCCGAGGCCAUCGCGGUCUUCAAGUCGAUCCGUGCCGGCAAGGUCAUCAUGCACGUCGGGCGGCGGACGUCCAGCAGCAACAGAUCUUCCAAGUCGAAGUCCUGUGACGAACUGGACAAGAUGGAGUGAAGGGCACGAGAAAGGAGGUCCUUCCUCAGCGACGUCGGGCAUCGAUCGGGCUGGUUCGUGUCCGGGCGAGACUCGCCCCCCCCCCCC